AAACGAAAGUUAACUACGCUGGGUACAUCAUAAGAAUGGAGGGAGAGACAUACGGAAGUAUAAGCAGAAUUAGUGAGAGUGGAAUAUUCUGUCGCAAGUCAAUUGAAUUCAUCCAUGGAAGAAGGACUGAAGAGGGACUUUUUAGAGUAGUAAUAGAAAGAAGAAUAACAAGAACUAAAUACUUAGUAGAGGAUAUAUCUGGGAAGGGUAUUCUAAAUUUAGAAAGUAUUCCGAAUGAAGUAGUUAACAGAAUAAUAAAAAAAGAAGACAGAGAAAAUCUACAGCUACAGGUCAUUGGAAAGUUGCAAUCUGUUGCACCACAGGAGUAUCCUAUUAUAGAUGCAAAAUCUGUCUCUAUAUUUUCAUUUGAAGGAGCAUUACAGCAUAUUUUAUAUGCAUAAAUAGAAAUAAGAAUUUUUAGAAAGUGUAUACUGGUAUUUUAACGUAUACUUACAUGGCUUGAAGCAAUCUAAUAAAUAUACAGACG